GCAAAACGACGUAAGCAAUUUCGUUUAAAAUCAGGCAGAAAAUGUUUUCUGGCAAUGGAAAAAAAGGGCUGAGUGACGUCACUGGCAGCCCGAAUUCUAAUUGGUUCAGGAGGCGAACUGGUCCAAGCGCGUCCCUCCCCCCGUCUAUUAUCUCGCGUGCGCCCGUGUGACAGACAGCCGCAACAUCUAACGCCUUGUCCUUCUGCGACACAACUUUGGAUACCGAGAAUGCAUCUACUCGUCCUCUUUGUUGCGGCUCUGCAAACACUCAACGUGACGCCUGCGCUACAUACGCUGCGUUAUUUCAUCACAGCGUCCUCUCAAAUCGCAAAUCUGCCAGAGUACUGGGAGGUCGUGUAUGUUGGCGGCGUUCAGAUUUUGCAGUUUGACAGCAAGAGCCGGAAAACGAAAGCCAAGCUGGACUGGGUGAACAAAAUCGCAGCAGAGGAUCCAGACUUUUUGGAGCAAGAGCUGCACGGCAGUCUUGUCCAAUAGCAGGUGUUCAAAGUCAACCUUGAAAUCCUGAACGAGCGCUUCAACCAAACUGGAGGCGUUCACAUGAUGCAGCAGAUGAACGACUGUGAAUGGGAUGACGAGACUGGUGAGGUGGAUGGUUAGAAUCAGUACAGGUGUGACGGAGAAGACUUCAUCUCAUUUGAGUGGAAAACGAUGAGAUGGAUCGCAGCCAAUCCACAAGCUUUCAUCACAAAGAACAAGUGGGAACGAUCGGACGGCUACAAAGAAUUAAUGAAGAGCUACGUCACUGAGAUUUGUCCUGCUGCCUUGAAGACAUACAUGAGCAAUGGGCGGGACUUCCUGAUGAGAACAGAGCUUCCGACGGUGUAUCACAUUCAGAAGACUCCUUCCUCUCCGGUCACCUGCUUCGCGACGGGUUUCUACCCCCUCACAUCGGAUCUUUUCUGGAGGAAGGACGGCGAGCAGCUGCACGAGGACGGGGAGAUGGCCCAGACGCUCCCCAACCACGACGGAACCUUCCAGACCGCGGUCCACCUGAAAGUGGAGGCGGCGCCCGACGCGGAGGCCAAGUACGAAUGUGUGUUCCGGCUGGCCGGCGUCGGGGAAGCCAUCGUCGUUAAGUUGGACGGCAAAAACAUCCUGAGCAACGCGCGUGACGCAGAAGAACGAGUCAAGACGGUGGUGGCCAUCGCUGUCACGUUGGGGGUCCUGGCUCUGCUGGCGGCGGGGGUGGCGGCGGUCCUUGCCAAGCGUCGCCGGAACAGACAAGGUGAGGGACGCCAAGAUCUGGUCUGUCGGGAAGAUCCAAAGAGAACUUGCUCCACUUGUGGCUAAAAGUCCGUGAUCCUAACUUUCUUUCUCUUUCCUUCCAGCCAAAUACUCUGCAGCGCGUAAGUAAAACAUUUUCUGUUUCCUUUGAGCCACAAUCAACGGGGCAGUUCCACGAAGGUCCGAUUUAGGCCUUUGCCGCCAAAGCGUGAAUCGGGAGUCGCUUGAAACGGCAGGAAGAGUCGGCUCCGUAACGAUGCACACGUGAAUGUUGAUGUGAGAAGCGGCGUGAGAAUCUCUCGCUGUGCACCAAAAAAAAAAAACAA